AUGUCUUUAACCAACAAAUCUAACACUAAAACUCUCGCUAAAUACCUUCAACUUGAUCAGAAUGGUAAAGUUCAAGCCGAAUACGUUUGGAUUGAUGGCAAUAAUGGCCUCCGCUCAAAAACAACUACUCUCGAUUUUAAGCCCAAUGAUGUUUCUGAAUUGAAAGAAUGGAAUUUUGACGGUUCUUCCACCAAUCAAGCUCCUGGUGAUAAUUCUGAUGUUUUACUUCGUCCGGCUGCAAUAUUUAAGGAUCCCUUCAGAGGAGGCGAUAACAUCAUUGUCCUCGCUGAGUGUUACAAUAACGAUGGAACUCCGAAUAAAACUAAUCAUCGUCACCUUUGUUCCAAAAUCAUGGAAACUCAUGCCGAAUCUCAUCCUUGGUUUGGUAUUGAACAAGAAUACACUCUUUUUGAUUUAGAUGGUCAGGUUCUUGGCUGGCCCAAAGGUGGUUUCCCUGGUCCCCAAGGCCCUUACUAUUGUUCUAUUGGUGCUAGUGUAUCUUUUGGACGUGAUAUUGUUGAGGCUCAUUAUCGUGCUUGUCUUUAUGCUGGUGUUAAAAUUUCUGGUGUCAAUGCUGAAGUUAUGCCUGGUCAAUGGGAAUUCCAAGUCGGUCCCUGCGAAGGUAUUGAUAUGGGUGACCAUCUAUGGUUAGCUCGAUAUUUGUUACAUCGCGUAGCUGAAGAUUUUGGUGUCGUAGUUUCCUUCCAUCCUAAACCAAUUAAAGGUGAUUGGAACGGUGCAGGUUGUCAUACCAAUUACUCAACGCAGGCAAUGCGUGAAGAAGGCGGUAUUAAAGCAAUUUAUGAUGCUAUAGAAAAGAUGUCCAAAAGACAUGCCGAACAUAUCGCUGUAUACGGUGAAGACAACGACCAACGUCUAACGGGUCGUCAUGAAACUGGCCAUAUAUCACAAUUUUCCUUUGGCGUUGCUAAUCGUGGAGCUUCAAUUCGCAUUCCAAGACAUUGUGCCGCUGAAGGAAAAGGUUAUUUGGAAGAUCGUAGACCAGCUUCUAAUAUCGAUCCUUACAGCGUAACCCAUGUUAUUAUCGAAUCCACACUUUCAUAA